AUUACCAAGGCGGGAUAUCAGAUUCUGGAUGUCUUGCUCCAUCGCAUCGAUCCCGAAGAUGAGACCCUUUUGGCAGCGCCGUUCAUGGAGCUGCCCUCGGCGUCUGAUUACCCGGACUACUACCAAACGAUCAGGCAUCCCAUCAGCCUGUACAUCAUCGAGGAGCGGCUGGAGCGAGGCAGGUACAGCGAGGUUUCCGAUCUUAAGCGAGACCUCGAGAUGGUGUGCAACAACGCCAAGCGCUACAAUAUGAGGGACACCCCAAUCUGGACCAAGGCAAAGCACCUACACGCUCUAAUUAAGGACGCGUACAGUGACGUUAUAGAGCUUGGCCGGUGUUCCUCACCGCUUGGUGGCCCUGCAUCGCCGUCGCAGUCACGACUGGCCCUGUCACAGCAGCCCGGAGGUCUGGCAGCCCUUCGUCCGGCCGGCUCUGGUGAGAUCGCGGCAGAUGCAGACGGAGAGGCAGAGAGCGAGGGAGAUGAAGAUGCGGAAGGCGAGAGCGAGACGGAGAUCGUCAAGGAGCCAACGUCGAUGAGGAUCCGGAUCAAAGGUGCGCUGGGUCGGAAAAUGCCGAAUGAGGAGCGGCUUGCGCGCCCGGAAGGAGGCGAGGCUGUUUCGAGUGGAGGCAAGUCGCUGAAGGACGCUUUCAAGGAAGUCAUUGCCGAUCUCAAUGCUGCAGUAUCAGCAGAGUGAGUCGGCGUACUGGCAGAAGAGAACACCAACUUUUGAAGGCUGAUUUGCCCCCCUAUACU